GCUCUGGGCGGCCGCCAGCUCGCCCCUCUAUCGCUCCCUGCAGCUACGACGACCGAUCCCAGGCGAUCCGGCAGCAUGACCUCGACGGCACCUAUCCGCAUCAACUACCAGGAGGAGCUGACCAAGAUCACCAACUUUCUGCAAAAGUUCACGAUCGAGGUCGACGACAAUGUCCACGAGCGCCAGGCCACCCCGACGCUGCACUUCAAGUAUCUGGAGGAUAUCAAAGUGAUCGCCCAGAAACGAGGAGGCGCCAUCACCAUCGAUAUGAAUGACGUGGCCAGCCACGAUCCCACGGACCUCGAAUUCAUCGAGAACAUCGAGUCCAACACUGCCCGCUACACCGAUCUCUUCACGCGGGCGAUCGAGAACAUCAUGCCGGAGAACAACGAGCCGCCGAGCAUCGACUCCCACUCGGUCGAUGUGCUGAUCUACCAACGCAGACAGCACCUGGCCCAGCUCGGCAAUCCAGUCGAGGGCAGUCUUCCGCCCAUUCUGUCGCGGCGAUUCGUCGUGUACAUCAAGCCCCGAGACCAGACCAAGGCUAUGGCUGUGCGUGAGAUCAAGGGCAAGCACGUCGGCCAUCUCGUCACAGUCCGGGGCAUGGUCACCAGAGUCACCAACGUCAAGCCCCAAGCCCAGAUUCUUUGCUAUUCCUGCGAUCGCUGUGGCGCCGAGAACUUCCAGCCGGUGACUUCGAGGACAUUCAAGAUGCUCUCCGAGUGCGGCUCGGAGGAGUGCAAGAAGAACGGAUACAAGGGAAAGCUCUAUCUGCAGGUCCGGGCCUCGCGCUUUCUCAAAUUCCAGGAGGUCAAGAUCCAAGAGAUGCCCGACCAAGUUCCUAUGGGCCACAUCCCUCGCUCCAUGACCGUUCACGUCUACGAGGACCUGACUCGCGCUCUGAAUCCCGGAGAGGCAGUCCUGAUAUCGGGCAUCUUCCUGCCUAUUCCGCACACCGGAUUCAAGGCCCUGAAAGCGGGCCUCAUCACCGAGACCUAUCUGGAAGCCCAGCACAUCGUCCAGCUUAAGAAACAGUACACGCACAUGACUGCAACCGAGGCCAUCGAGGAGCAGAUCGAGGAGCUCAAGCAGUCGCCAAACCUGUACGAGCGUAUGGCUAGCAGCAUCGCUCCUGAGAUCUAUGGCGAAGAGAACGUCAAGAAGGCGCUUCUGCUGCUCCUCAUCGGCGGCGCGCAAAAGGAGACGGGCGACGGCAUGAAGAUCCGCGGCGACAUCAACGUUUGCAUGAUGGGUGACCCCGGUGUUGCCAAGUCGCAGCUGCUCAAGUACAUCAGCAAGAUCUCGCCCCGCGGCGUCUACACCACGGGCAGAGGCAGCUCCGGUGUUGGUCUGACCGCCAGUGUCAUCCGCGACCCUGUUACAGACGAGAUGAUCCUCGAAGGCGGCGCCCUGGUCCUGGCCGACAACGGCAUUGCCUGUAUCGAUGAGUUCGACAAGAUGGAUGAGAACGAUCGCACGGCCAUCCAUGAAGUCAUGGAACAGCAAACCAUCAGCAUCAGCAAGGCGGGCAUCACAACCACUCUAAACGCCCGCACGUCGAUCCUAGCUGCCGCCAACCCUCAGUUCGGGCGAUACAACCCCUACAAGUCCGCCACCGAAAACAUCAACUUGCCACCCGCUCUCCUCAGCAGAUUUGACCUGCUGUUCUUGAUGCUGGACAAGCCCGAUCUGGAUCGCGAUUUGAGACUCGCUCAGCACGUCGCCUAUGUCCAUAUGCACAGCGUCCAUCCGACGGGAGACCGACAGGUCGAGCUCCUGUCGAUCGAUAUGAUGAGACACUACAUUGCCAAAGCCAAGACCUUCUCGCCCAAGGUGCCUCGUAAUGUCGGCGACUACAUGGUCAAUGCCUAUGCUCAUCUGCGCAGCAAGAUGAGGGAGAUGUCGGGUCUGCAGUAUACCACCGCCAGAACGCUCCUGAGUGUGAUUCGACUGUCCAGCGCCCUGGCCCGUCUCCGCCAGUCGGACGAGAUCGCCAUCGACGAUGUGGAUGAAGCCCUCCGCUUGAUUGAUGUAUCCAAAGCCUCGCUGACGGAGCAGCGUCACGGCGGUGGCCGCUCGAUGGAGCCUACGGCCGCUAUCUUCGGCUUGUUGAGAGAAAUGUCCAAGAAUGCCGAUGGAUCGAUGAAGCGAAGCCUUCGGUUUACAGCCAUCAAGGAACGCGCCAUCGCCAAGGGAUACAGCGAGGAACAAGUCUGGGAAACGCUACGGCUGCCGGCCUACGAGCACAUGUUUGUCAUGAUCGACAACGACUCCACUCUGAUGUGGGUCGGCAUCGACGACGAUGAAGAAUUGUAGACCUGCUUGUGGCUAUCGCACGUCUUUCGUCAUCCGCGCGACGAGCUGGUCUUUGGCCGAUCCUCGUCUGGUAUUCUCAAUACACCAUCUCCUUACAAGCACA